AUACGAAAGAGAGACAUGCACUCGGGUCUGAAAAUCGGCACGGGUUGGAAAGCAUGGAAUGUGGGCGAUUCAAGUGCAAGGCCGAAAUUAUCAGUCCGUGUUAUCCCCAGGUCUUGGGCAGAAUCUUUGAUAAUCGUCCGGGGUGGAAGGGGGCUCGUCCAGGAGGAGGUAGACGUACCGCGAUCAGUCUGUGUUGACGGUUUGCACGUGGAAGACUCCCGACUCAUGGGAUACCGGUAUAAGAUUGAAAUGACGGGAGGCGUUUUGUUGAUGGUGGUCGGGUUCUGUCUGGCAGCCCAAAGCGUUGAAGUUUCAGGGCAGUGCCCUUGGGAUCAUCAAGUCACUGAUCUUCAGUCGUCAUGUAUCUGUGCUUACAACUUGCUUCAGCAGCUGUCAGUACAGUGCGACAUGGUAGACUUCACUCAACUUCUGAGGUCUUUAGAUAAAUUCAGCAGGGCACAACCUAUUGAUUUACUUUAUGUAAACAAUAGCUCGAUUAAAGCGUUAGCCUCUGGGGGGUUCAAAAAUCUCAGACUGACCAAUCUGCAGUUAUCAAGCUGUAGGAUCAAGACUAUCUCAAUUGGUGCAUUCGAAGGCCUUCAUGCGACUUUGAAGAAUCUUUAUCUACAAGAUAAUGAGAUUGAAGAAAUACCAAUUGAUGCACUUAGGCCCUUAAAAAAUCUAACUACUUUAGAUCUUUCAAAGAACAAAAUUCUAAAAGUGCCAGAUAAUGCUUUUGCAACCCUUGAAAAUUUGGCGACAUUAAAAUUAAAUGACAAUAAUUUAACAGUAGGAAGAAAUGCAUUUAAUGGCCUGGAAGCAUCCUUAAAAAAUCUAAAUUUAAAAGCGACAAGACAGAAGAAAAUGCCUGAAGCUGUCAGAAAUUUGAGAACACUAGCUUUCCUCGACUUAGCUCAGAACGCCAUAAGAGAGCUCCCAGGUCCAAGUGGUGCAACAAUAAUGGAUGGUCUUAAUUCACUCACAGCCCUAAAUCUUGAGAGGAAUGUAAUCCAAACUAUUAGUGACAAUGCUUUUGUGGGAAUAAGCGAUACUUUGAGUUCACUCAGCUUACUGAAUAAUUUACUAACAGACUUCCCUACAGGAGCACUUAGGCCUCUGUCAGAACUUAGAGUUUUGGACAUUGGGUUCAAUUUACUCACAGAACUGCCAUUAGAUGCUUUUGUCGGAAAUCCUUCAUUGACACUCUUAGCACUCGAUGGCAACCCUUUAUCAACAGUGCCUGGUCCAGCAAUUGCACACCUUAAUAACACCUUGAGAGGGCUUUCACUGGGAGGACGAUUUCUGCAUUGUGACUGCAGGCUACGAUGGGUGUCACAGUGGAUAAGAAGGGGUGAUCUUCAAGUCACUUCAAGGGAAAGAAACCCUCAAUUUUGUGGUUCACCUCCAGGUUUAGUCGACAAGAAUUUUUACAAUGUUGAACCUGAAGAACUAGUAUGCUCUACGAGUAAACCAGGAAUUGCCACUGCUGUUGAUGAUAGUGAAGAAGAAGCCAUACCUUUAGAAAUAGGUGUUGGUGUUGGUUAUGUUGAACCAGCAACCACUACAACAACUACCACAUCAACAACAACAACCACAACCAUACCUACUACUACUGUUGUAACUACAACCUCGACUACUACACCAAAACCAACAACCACACAAAAAUCAACAACACCAAAGCCAAGAAUCACACAAACCACACCUUCAAGGAGAGGUAGUGUUGUGCUGUCGAGGGGCACUACUUGGCCACAGCAAAACAGGCCUCCACUUGUUCUCGGUCACCAUCCCAGGGUUCCUCAAGAUGUUAUCGUUCGCACAGCACAUCGGCAAGAUAAUUCUGUUAUAAUACAAUGGGACUCAGAAACAGCAAAUAUUCUUGGUUUUAGAGUAGUUUACAGAUUAUUUGGUGAUAAAAGUUUUAAACAAGGACCUCCAUUAGAAGCCAGUGAAAGAGAGUUCAAAAUCAAAAAUGUCCCUUCUCAGGAGUGUAUUGUUGUUUGUGUAGUAUCAUUAGAGGAAAUAAAUGUGGCUCCGGACACUGUUCCGUACUCCCAGUGUAGGGAAGUGCGUACCGUCAAUUUACCCACAAACAAUAUGGACAAAAUCACGAUUGCAGCGUCAGCAGCCAUUUGCGGCACAGUUGUAAUAGCUGUUAUUAUCUUUGUUGCGACAUCCAGGAGGAGGACGAGAAAACUUCAUACGCUAGAUGGUGGAAGUGGAGGACACUCUGGGAAAAUGGGUUUGCCUGUCGGUGGGCUCCCUGUCGCUUGUUGCCCGGCAUCUAGUCCUGGUCCUUUGUCUUCCCUUGCAACAUUAAACGCAUUCACAUCGCACAAAGACUGGGACCAAGUGUCUGUCUACUCCAACAGAAGUCUUUCAAGACCAAGAGGGGUCUAUCAUGUCACCGAUAGACAAGGAUCAAUUUCAAGAGGUGGGUGUGUAAAUGAUGAAUUGAGAUACGGAGGACCUGGGCAUAAAUCCAAACCAAGAUCUGUUGCUGACGGUCAGUCCCAGCAUAGUUUCUCGAAUAGCUCAGGAAGAUUUCUUAACAGUGGAGCUUUUACAUCGGGGCUUGUCAACUCAAGGCCAGAGCUAAGGCAAUCUCGCCAGUCAUUGGCCGUUUCUGACAGGAUGAGCCGUGUGAGCUACCCAGCCAAUGCAGCACACAUACACCAGCAGUCGCAGCAACAGCGCAGAAGGUCACGCAACCAAAGAGAACAUACGAGACCUUCAAGCCGAUACUCAACAGCAGGAUCGACCCACACUCUUAACUAUUGUGGUGAUACUUCAGACAACUGGACUGACCAUGAUAUGGACAUUUACAUGGCAAGGAAUCCUACUGCCAGGGGGGGUCUUGUUCCUUUAUGAAAUUAAGUCAUAUCUAAAUUGAGUGAAAUUUUUUAUCAAGAAUUCAAAUGACAAACGUACGAUGAAUACAUCAUAACUAAGCAACAUUUUGUUUGAGAUCAUAUCAAUUUAAAAGAAAAAUCAAUGAACAAUCUCAAUAUAAUCUCAUU